GGCAAAGUGGGUAAAAUGCCAAGCUGCUUUUGCCUUCACAUGGCUGCUUUUGUUAUUGUCGGCCUGUUUAUCAUCUGAACUUUUUGGAUUUUCGGCGAUUCUGCACCGCCCUUAGUGGCGCAAGAUAUCGGGUCAGAAGACUUUAACCCUUCUUGAAGCGGGAAACAAAUCAUUCCAGAUAAACUGCGCGAAAAAUCAACCGAAUUUUCCUUCGAUUUGGCCGCCUGGUGCCGCGGUCAAGUUCCAUAAAUCUAGCCCGCUGGCGUCGUUUGGAAUGAUGAACCCCCUUGUUGCCCCUGUCCCACCAAUGAUGCCAUCAAACCCAACACCUCUUUCCCAGCCUUCGUCUGGUGGAAACAAAUCUUCCAGCGCGUCCGUGAAGCCAAACUACACCCUAAAAUUUACAUUAGCUGGACACACAAAAGCAGUUUCCUCUGUAAAAUUUAGCCCAAAUGGAGAAUGGCUGGCCAGUUCGUCUGCGGACAAACUGAUAAAAAUCUGGGGUUCCUAUGAUGGAAAGUUUGAGAAAACGAUUUCAGGGCAUAAGCUCGGGAUAUCAGAUGUGGCAUGGUCUACAGACAGCAGACUUUUAGUCAGUGCUUCAGAUGACAAGACCUUAAAAAUUUGGGAGCUGAGCUCUGGAAAAUGUUUGAAAACAUUAAAAGGGCACAGCAAUUAUGUGUUCUGCUGUAACUUCAAUCCCCAGUCAAAUCUUAUCGUGUCAGGAUCGUUUGACGAGAGUGUGAGAAUUUGGGAUGUUAGGACAGGGAAAUGCCUGAAGACGCUCCCAGCACAUUCAGACCCUGUCAGUGCAGUACACUUUAAUAGAGAUGGCUCUCUCAUCGUGUCCAGUAGCUAUGAUGGACUUUGCCGAAUCUGGGACACAGCUUCGGGACAGUGCUUGAAAACACUGAUUGACGAUGACAAUCCUCCUGUCUCGUUUGUUAAAUUCUCUCCAAAUGGAAAGUACAUAUUGGCUGCAACUUUAGACAACACACUCAAGCUGUGGGACUACAGCAAAGGCAAAUGUCUAAAAACCUACACUGGGCACAGAAAUGAGAAGUAUUGUAUAUUUGCCAACUUCUCCGUCACUGGUGGAAAGUGGAUUGUCUCUGGCUCAGAAGACAACAUGGUGUACAUUUGGAAUCUUCAGACUAAGGAAAUUGUGCAAAAACUACAGGGACACACUGAUGUUGUCUUGUGCACAACGUGCCACCCGUCUGAAAAUAUCAUUGCAUCUGCUGCUUUGGAAAAUGACAAAACCAUUAAACUUUGGCGCAGUGAGACGUAAUCCUUGUGUCCUCUGUUGAAAGUUUUGGAUGCAACUUGGAGAUAAAUCCAUAAGAACGCCACAUCAUAGUUUGAACAUAACAAUAUUUUGUGAAAUGAUGCCCUGCAUAAAUCUUCGAAUUGGUGUUUAUUUUUCUCUCACACUGUCAUUUUGAUUGGACCUGUAACUGCCCUCUUUAUGUAAAUAUGGCCCCUUUUUGUUUAAGGUAGCAGUGCUCUUGAUUUGUAACUUAUUGCCCCCUGGGUUAGUGGUUUUCAAGCACCAGAUGUAUGUGCUGAGUGCUCACUUUGCAUUUUCCUUUACAAAAGAAAAAAUCUUGACCAUCUCAGAGAAAUGGCAAACUUCAAAACAUUUGUACUCUGUUUUGUACUUUCAACAAUGAAACCAACUCUCAUUAGAUGCCUAAAUUUGAACUUUGCGGUUAAAUGUGUAAUCAGAAGUUGACUUGCAAAAAUAAAAUUCUAAAUUAAACACA